AUGACAACGUUAAGUGUAUGUAUUGUUGGCUGUAAUGGAAGUCACGCUUCGAUUCAUUUCUACCCCAAUAUAACUGCUAUCGGGUGUGGAGUCGGGAGGAGAGGGAGUCUUAUGGACAACACGUGCUUUAAAUACCAUCCAAACAGUAAUACAAUGUUUGCUGGUAUUGAAAACGGACGGGUAGUCCAGACCGGAGAGACGCCGUGGACUGUGUUUAUUACAAACAGUUUGAGCAGUGGUGGUGUGAUACUGAACGAGCGAUGGAUCCUAACGUGUGCUCACGGAUUACAUUGUGGUCAAAACUGUCCCGUGACUGACAUUCGUGUAUAUCCGGGGCUAAUAAAUCAAAGCAUUUCAAACCAUCCCUACUAUACGGGCGGUCAGUAUUUCAUUCAUCCCGUGUAUGAACUCAAUCGUUGGCGGCCCUGGGAUUUGGCGUUAAUCCGACUCAACACUGCUCUCCCAUUGGACGGCACUUCGGGUAAGACUGGGAUUAACGCCAUUUGUUUGCCCGAAGAGAUGGCCCUCAAUGUGGACGAAGAGUACGCUCUGUUGAAUGGUUUCGGAGCCAACAAAAAGGACGGCACGGGAUAUGAUUUAUAA